AUGGGCCAACGGCACCUACCAGAGCCCGUCGACAGCGACCCAGCUUGCUGGGUCACUGUGCGUUUCGAUGAACGUAUGGUAGAAACUCAUUGGGACGAAGAUCUUGUGGAAUUUGCUCUUUUGGAACUUCAACAUGGACGUGGUCAUAUUGGUCACAAAUCACAUCAUCGUCUGGGUUGCAUGUGUAUCUCACUCCCGAUUACCGGGGUUUCACCGCAUGACAUACCUGAGAUAAUCAAAAACGCUAAAAGUAUUGCAGAGGGAUGGCUCCUACGAGUUCGCGACAAAAGGGUGCGUCUUGACCGGGAUCGUAUUUUUUUCAAGCCCGGUGUCGCGCCGAAUAUUGGGAUUCCGUUCUAA